AUGCCUCUUCUAUCUGUCCUCAAGAGUUUCCUCAUGAUCCGGGUUGAGGACCAUCUAGGCCGUUCUAGGCGUCUCUACGAGUCUUCGUUGAGUCGGCAGGGUCUCCUAAUUGAUGACUUCUGCGUCCCAUCUCAAGACUUGCAUGUCAUUGUGCCUGGACGCAUAGUAACUAGAACCACAUCAUCAACUGGAGCCUUCCCCUCCCAAGUGUUCGAGCCGAGAGACAUAACUUUUCUCACUCAUCCGACCGCAUUCCUCAAUGAUGUGUGUAUUAACGGUUGCGCUGUCCUUCUACAAAUGGAUAUGCCAAAUCCUGCUGUGGCUGUCUUCUCUACGCAUGAUCUUCCUCGCAUCCGCUAUAAUGCAGCUGACGAUAUGCUCUGGCGCAAUACAUCAUCCACACGUUAUUGGGAGAAAGAUGUGUGGGUUCUUCCUAUUCAUAGACCAUCUGGUGUUGGGCAUUGGGUCGUUUGCGUAAUCUACUUGUCAAGAAAAGAGCUUCAUCUCUUUGAUAGUCUAGCUGAACGGAAACCAUGGAAACAGGAUGUCAAAGAUAUCAUGAAACUCAUCUGUCGACUUCUGAUGGUGGCACGUCAACGAAAUAAGAACGUUCACAUUGACAUGGAUAGAUGGGUAGCUCGCCCAUUGACCGUCAAACCUCUUCAGACUAAUGGUUAUGAUUGUGGUGUAUGGGUAUUAGCAACAGUCAUUGCUGUCCUACGUGGACGACAUCUUACGCAACUCCGAGAGGAUGAAAUGAGUGAUCUUCGAUAUUAUCUACGAUCUCGCAUACUUUCUAUACCACUAUUCUAG